AUGAAAGUCUCUUGGAAGGUCCUUGCAGCUACGUGUGAAAGCCAAGCCGGUGAUACGGCGGCCACAGUCGCUAGAAUUGAGGUCAAGACCAAUGGCGGCGACACCAGCAUCCUGAAAGGACCAGUCACCUUGCAGCAGAUUGGGGACACCACUCUUUUCCGGAUCUGCGUUCACCCUGAGAAUAAAAGGUACAACUACUCUGUCCUCUGCCUUCCUCCUGAUGCCAAAUGGACGGCAUCGCCACCCAAGAAGAUCAUCUCCAUGCGCUCCAGAAUGAAAGCAAUCAAGCAAGUCGUCUCCCUGCCUCCGGACCACCAUGAAGGGUUCCAGGAGCUUGUCAUUACAAUGCCAUUCGACGGCGACAAAGGAACUGCGUUUUUCUUCUGUGAAGCUCUGGUCUUUGCUUCGCAACAAGUGUUGGGCAUCAUCCUCGCUGAAGAGCUCACAGAAAACUAA